AGCUCCGCGGCGCGCGAGCAGCUCAGGCAGGAUGAGUGCAGCCUCGGACCCCGUGGUCAUCGUGUCGGCGGCGCGGACUGCCAUAGGCUCCUUCAACGGGGCCUUGUCCACCGUGCCCGUCCAUGAUCUGGCCUCCACCGUCAUCAGUGCGGUCCUGCAGAGGGCCGCCGUGACCCCGGCUGAGGUGUCCGAGGUCAUAUUCGGACACGUCCUGGCCGCAGGUUGCGGGCAGAAUCCCACUCGACAGGCUAGCGUGGGUGCCGGGAUCCCCUACUCUGUCCCAGCUUGGAGCUGCCAGAUGAUCUGUGGGUCAGGCCUCAAAGCCGUGUGCCUCGGCGCGCAGUCCAUCGCCAUGGGGGACUCCAGCAUCGUGAUUGCAGGCGGCAUGGAGAACAUGAGCAAGGCUCCACACUUGGUUCACUUGAGAACAGGCGUGCGGGUUGGUGAGACGCCCCUCGCUGAUAGCAUACUGUGUGAUGGUCUUACUGAUGCCUUUCACGGCUACCACAUGGGUAUCACAGCUGAGAAUGUCGCCAAAAAAUGGCAGGUGAGUCGAGAAGAACAGGACCGGGUCGCGGUCUUGUCCCAGAGCCGGACCGAGAGCGCACAGAAGGCCGGCUACUUCGACAAAGAGAUCGUGCCAGUGGUGGUAUCGUCCAGGAAAGGACCUACCGAAGUGAAAACGGACGAGUUUCCCCGCCACGGGAGCAGCUUAGAGGCCAUGUCCAAGCUGAAGCCUUACUUCCUGACUGACGGGACAGGCACCGUCACCCCAGCCAACGCUUCAGGAAUGAAUGAUGGCGCCGCUGCCGUGCUUCUCAUGAAGAAGUCGGAAGCCGAGAACCGAGGGCUGGCACCUCUGGCGCGGAUUGUCUCCUGGGCCCAAGCAGGCGUGGAGCCUUCCAUCAUGGGAACAGGACCGAUUCCAGCAAUAAAGCAAGCUGUCGCAAAAGCCGGCUGGUCGCUGGAUGACAUCGACAUAUUUGAAAUCAAUGAAGCCUUUGCAGCCCUGUCAGUGGCAGUUGCUAAAGAACUUGGAAUAAACCCGGAGAAGGUCAACAUCCAAGGGGGUGCCAUAGCCCUGGGGCACCCUCUUGGAGCCUCUGGCUGCCGCAUCCUGGUGACCCUGCUGCACGCACUGGAGAGGACUGGUGGAACCCGGGGAGUAGCAGCCCUGUGUGUUGGUGGUGGGAUGGGCAUAGCCAUGUGUGUCCAGAGAGGAUGAGCAGUGAACCCAGCUCACACCAUGCCCAGGCCUCUGCCCUCCUUCCUUGACAGCCAAUCGACGACUAAGGCGCAAUGUGAAACCCCAGGACCAAAGUGAAGAUGGAAAUCACUCUACUUCACAAGAAUGCAGGCUCACACUGUACUUUAAUGUGUAAUACGUAAGGUACAAGACAAUUCUAACAUUGUUAUAAAUAAAGAAGUCUGAUCAGUCA